AUGGGAAUGGCCAGCGAAGAUGUGAUGGUCACCCUCCAAAUAUUACCUGGUUUCUUUUCCAACUGUCUCUUCCUGGCGCUGUAUGACUCCAUGGUACUCAUCAAGCGCAUUGUUUCGCUUUUGAGUUGCUCCAGGUCUGCCGGCUCCGGAGAGUGGCGCCGCAUGUUGACUUCUGCGGGGCUCCGCUCCGUAUGGAAUAGUUUCUUGCUGGACGCCUACAAAAAGGUCAAACUUGGCUGUGAGGCGCCCAACUCCAAAGUGGUGAAAGUGUCUGCUAGUCCUCAAUGGAGCAGCAACAUCAACACUAUACCUGCUGAGGAGCAUGACGUGAGGGUUGAAAAUUGGGACGAAUGUCGACUCCUGGAUUUUGAGUCGUCGGAUCGCCCUCUGGUGGUUAACUUUGGUUCAGCCACAUGACCCCCCUUCAUCAGCCACCUACCAGCUUUCCGGCGUUUGGUAGAAGACUUUAGCGAUGUUGCUGAUUUUCUGCUGGUCUACAUUGAUGAGGCUCAUCCGUCAGAUGGCUGGGUGGCCCCGCCCAUGGGCCCUCAUUCUUUCAACGUACGGAAGCAUCAAAGUUUAGAAGAGAGGUUGGGAGCAGCGCAAAAGUUGAUCGAUCACUUUUCUCUGCCCCCUCAGUGUCAGCUGGUAGCUGACUGUAUGGACAACAACGCUAAUGUGGCUUACGGCGUGUCCAAUGAACGUGUGUGUAUAGUACAACAUAGAAAGGUUAGCUAUCUUGGUGGCAAGGGCCCCUUUUUUUACAACCUGAAAGAUGUGCGGAAGUGGCUGGAACAAAGUUAUGGGAAACGCUGGAAGUAA